AUGCGAUUCACUCUUCUCUUGAACUUUAUAACUGCUGCUGCUUAUGCAUCUGAAUCCGAAAGCCAUCCAUUAAUCAACCCGGAUGUGUCAGAGCUAGCCGGCCGAGCCCUCCCCAACGCCCCAAAUGGCUAUGCCCCAGUUCAAGUUAAUUGUCCAUCCCCGCGGCCAAGUGUGCGCAGUGCCGCAAAGUUGUCGUCCAAAGAGCAGGAUUGGCUCAAGUUGCGACGGAAGACAACCCAGCAAGCUAUGAAAGACUUCUUCGGUCACGUUCGGAUUGAAAACUUCGACGCAGUCGCGUAUCUCGACAAUCACGCAGAGAAACCUUCGAGCCUACCCAAUAUCGGAAUAGCUGUUUCUGGCGGAGGAUAUCGCGCUUUGAUGAACGGUGCUGGCGCCUUGAAGGCCUUUGAUAGUCGGACCGACAAUUCUACAGGAUCACGUCAGCUUGGUGGCUUGCUUCAAUCUGCCACAUACCUGGCCGGUCUCAGUGGAGGUGGUUGGCUACUGGGCUCGCUCUACAUGAACAAUUUCACGUCCGUAUCUUCUUUGCAGACCGGAACCCUCGGCACUCCAUGGCAGUUAUCCAACUCCAUUCUGAAAGGACCCGAUGACGGUGGCGCUCUCUUGUCUUCUGCAAUCGAGUAUUACAAGGAGUUGUCUAGGGCUGUAGCUGGAAAAGCAGCAGCUGGCUUUCCAGCUACCCUUACAGAUCUUUGGGGUCGUAUGCUAUCGUAUCAGCUCAUCCAUGCCCCAGAGGGAGGUCUCAACUAUACUUGGAGUUCCAUCGCAGCGACGGAAAAUUUUCAGCGAGCUGAAAUGCCUUUGCCAAUCCUCAUCGCAGACGGUCGCAAUCCCGGAGAGCACGUCGUCGGUGGCAACGCAACCGUCUUCGAGUUCAACCCAUGGGAAUUUGGGUCUUUCGAUCCCACCAUAUUUUCAUUUGCUCCAUUGGAAUACUUAGGCUCCAACUUUGAGAAGGGUAUCGUGUCGCCGAAAUCGAAAUGUAUCCGCGGGUACGACAGCGCCAGCUUUGUGAUGGGCACCUCAUCCAGUCUUUUCAAUCAAUUUUUACUCAAUAUCAACUCCACUGAUCUCGGUGACAUGGCCAAGGAGAUUAUCCGUGAUGUUCUUGGCAACUUGGACGAGGCAGCAUUUGAUAUUGCUAAUUACACCAACCCAUUCUACCAAGCAACAGGCGGAGGUAUACCCACCAAAUCUCCGUAUCUCGCCAUUGUCGACGGAGGCGAAGACCAACAAAACAUUCCUCUCCAUCCCAUGAUCCAACCAGAACGCAAUGUGGACGUCAUUUUCGCCAUUGACUCAUCUGCCGAUACCAACAACUGGCCAGACGGCACCUCCCUCAUCGCUACCUACGAGCGCAGCCUCGAGGGUAAAAUCAACAAUGGCACCGGAUUCCCCGCAAUCCCAGACCGCAACACCUUUGUGAACUUAGGACUCAACAAUCGGCCAACUUUCUUCGGUUGUGAUACCUCCAAUCUCACCGGCAGUCAGUCAAACUCACCGCUUGUUGUCUACAUCCCCAACUCUCCCUACGUGGUGCAUUCCAAUGUCUCGACCUUCAAAAUGGACUACAACAAUACUCAGCGAGACGCAUUGAUCCUGAAUGGUUACAAUGUGGCCACUAUGGGUAACGGAAGCCGAGACUCAGAGUGGUCCACUUGUGUCGGUUGUGCUGUGUUGACCCGCUCACUUGGGCGCACAAAUGUCACCAUGCCGGCUGCUUGUACUCAGUGCUUUGGGCGAUACUGUUGGAAUGGAACGACUGACAGCCGUACGCCUUCUGUCUACGAGCCGGAUUUAGUUUUGGCCCUGGUCAGUGUGACUAAUAAGGCAGGACUGGUCGUUUUGUCUCACGAGUGGUACUUCGCAGCUCUUCUGGCAACCAUGUUGGUGGUUUGGCUCUGA